GAGAAAUUGCACCACAUUUGUUGUUGCCGAAAGUGUGCCAAGAAAUUGUCCCAUAAAUUACCCUAAACCCAACCGCUGCGGCUAGGAACAGGUGCUGACAUCGAAAGGGCAUUGCUUUGUGCCACAAAAUGCCACCGAAAAAGAAGGGAAACAAAAAGAACCAGGACUGGGACGACGACGAUCAGUCCGAGCAGUCGUCUGUUGUCUUGGAACCACCGUCCAAGGGCUCGAAAAAGAAAGGCAAAGUUGACAACGUGGAUUCCGACGACGAAGGUGGGGCAGCCGGUCGUGGUGGUAAGAAGGUGGCAGCCGGCGGGAAGAAAGGCAAAGCUGACGUCGGCAAUUCCGACGAUGAAGGUGGAGCAGGCGGUGGCGGUCGUGGUGGUAAGAAGGCGGCCGCCGGAAAGAAGGGUAAAAAAGGAAAGCGACAGGAUGAUGACUGGAGCGAUGGUGAGGAGCCGGCGAAGGGACGAGCAGCCCGUAAGGUGGACGAUUCGGACGACGAGGAUAGGAAACCCGCUGCAGCGACGGUAAAACCUGCGGCCGGUAAGAAGGAACCGAAGAAAGCCGCCGCGAAAGGUAAGGGUAAGGGUAAGAAGGAUGACGACUGGUCGGACAAGGAAGAAAAGGAAGUCAAUCUGCUCGCCAACGUCGGAUCGGACGAUGACGACGAGGAUGAGCUGGCAAUGGUGAGCAAAAAGGCGGCCAAGAAGAAGCAACCGAAGAAGGCCGCCAAGAAACAGGUGUUCAAGCAGGAGGAAUCGGAGGAAGAAAGUGAGGAAGACGAAGAGCCCGAGGAGCCCGAGAGUGAACCGGAAGAAAAGAAACCUGUCAAACAAGACGCUAAGGUGGAGAAACCGAAAGAACAACGUAAGUCUGCACAACCGGAACCGGAAGUUAAACCUCUUGCUGAAGAAGUGAAACCGACACCAAAAGAGGAAGUGGUAGCAAAGGUUGAACCGAAGGUUAAAACACCCGAACCGGAAAAAGAGGCAGUGGCGGAAGAAAACGAUCCGGAGGUUGACGAAAUGGCCGACAGGGUGGCCGAAGAGCUCAAGCUGGACCCGGCGGAAGAUGCCUCCGGCGAAAAGGAAAAGAAAAUUACAAACAAAGAGAAGAAGAAAUUGAAAAAGAAGGAAGAUUUCGAGAAGUUGCAGGAGGCGAUGCUACGCAAGGGAGGCCAGGGCCACUCGGACUUGGACAGUAACUUUACGAUGUCUCAGGCGCAUAAAACGGGCAACCAGAGCAAACACAUGGACCACGCGGUUGACAUCAAGAUCGAGAACUUUACCAUCUCGGCGAAGGGUAACGAUCUGUUUGUGAACGCGAACCUGCUGAUCGCCAACGGGCGUCACUACGGGUUGGUCGGUCCGAACGGACACGGCAAGACGACCCUGUUGCGCCACAUUGCCAACCGUGCCUUUGCCAUCCCGCCGAACAUCGACGUGCUGUUGUGCGAGCAGGAGGUCGUUGCGGAUGAAACGUCCGCCGUGGAUACGGUCCUGAAGGCGGAUGUGAAACGGACGGCCUUGCUUAAGGAAUGCAAGGAGCUCGAGGAACAGAUCGAAUCGGGCAAAAUCGAACUGCAGGAUAAACUGCAGGAGGUGUACAACGAACUCAAAGCGAUCGGGGCCGAUUCGGCGGAACCGCGGGCCCGACGUAUCCUGGCCGGUUUGGGCUUUUCGCGCGCAAUGCAGAACCGUGCCACGAACGCCUUCUCCGGUGGAUGGCGUAUGCGGGUGUCCCUCGCUCGAGCACUCUUCAUCGAGCCGACGCUACUGAUGCUCGAUGAACCGACCAACCAUCUCGAUCUGAACGCCGUCAUCUGGCUGGACAACUAUCUGCAGGGGUGGAAAAAGACACUGCUCAUCGUAUCCCACGACCAGUCGUUCUUGGACAACGUGUGCAACGAAAUCAUUCACCUGGACAACAAGAAGCUGUACUACUACAAGGGCAACUACACCAUGUUCAAGAAGAUGUACGUGCAGAAGCGCCGGGAGAUGAUCAAGGAGUACGAGAAGCAGGAGCGGCGCAUCAAGGAGCUGAAGGCGCACGGUCAGUCGAAGAAGGCGGCCGAGAAGAAGCAAAAGGACAACCUGACCCGCAAGCAGGAGAAGGGUCGCAGCAAAAACCAGAAACCGGGCGAAGAGGACGAAGGCCCGGUGGAGCUGCUGUCCAAGCCGAAGGAGUACAUUGUCAAGUUUAGCUUCCCCGAUCCGCCCCCGCUUCAGCCACCAAUUCUUGGAUUGCACAAUUGUCACUUCAACUUCCCCAAUCAGAAGCCACUGUUUAUUGGGGCAGACUUCGGCAUCGACCUGAACAGCCGCGUCGCCAUCGUUGGACCGAACGGUGUCGGUAAAUCCACCUUCCUGAAGCUUCUCGUUGGCGAGCUGGAGCCAAAGCAGGGUGAAGCGAAGCGCAACCAUCGUCUGCGUAUCGGCCGGUUCGAUCAGCACUCCGGCGAGCACUUGACGGCGGAGGAGACGCCGGCCGAAUAUCUGCAGCGGUUGUUCAAUCUGCCAUACGAGAAGGCCCGCAAGCAGCUCGGCACGUUCGGGCUAGCGAGCCACGCGCACACCAUCAGGAUGAAGGAUCUGUCCGGUGGGCAGAAGGCACGCGUCGCCCUCGCCGAGCUGUGCCUGAACGCGCCCGACGUGCUGAUUCUCGACGAACCGACCAACAACCUCGACAUCGAGUCGAUCGACGCGCUGGCCGACGCGAUCAACGACUACAAGGGUGGCGUGAUCAUCGUGUCCCACGACGAGCGACUCAUCCGCGAGACGGAGUGUGCGCUGUACGUGAUCGAGGACCAGACGAUCAACGAGGUGGACGGCGACUUUGACGACUACCGGAAGGAGGUGCUGGACAGUUUGGGCGAGGUCAUCAACAACCCGAGCAUAUCGGCCAACGCGGCCGUGCUGCAGUGAUGACGCGGUAUCGGUGUUCGCUAUUUGUACGCGCUGUUAUUAUUACUAGUUUUAAAUACAACUAUCUAUUUGCCAAGUUGCAUCCCA